AUGUCUGAAGCCAAGACCCUGAGCUCCUCUUGCUUCAUGCUUUCCUUGCUUUUCUUGCACUGGGCUUUGCUCCAGCUGGGCCAGGCUUUUCCCAGCACCUCCAACUACCUCCAGCGGGGCUGGCAGAGGCUGCUGGAGGAAGGGGAGGGCUGUGCCGAGUGCCGACCGGAGGAGUGCCCGACACCUCGGGGCUGCCUGGCUGGCAUGGUAAGAGAUGUCUGCGACUGCUGCUGGGAGUGUGCCAACCUGGAGGGACAGAUCUGCGACCUGGACAACACCAACCACUUCUACGGGAAGUGCGGGGAGCACCUGGAAUGCCGGCUGGACGCUGGGGACCUGCAGCAUGGGGAGGUGCCCGAACCCCAGUGCGCUUGUCUCUCCCACCUUGCCCUCUGUGGCUCUGAUGGCAAAACCUAUGCCCAGAUCUGCAGGUUCCUGGAAGUUGCCCGUGCUCACCCUGAUGCCAACCUCACUGUGGCCCAUGAGGGUCCCUGCGAGUCAGAGCCCCAGAUCACAUCUCCUCCCUAUGACACAUGGAACAUCACUGGGCAGGAUGUCAUCUUUGGUUGCGAGGUCUUCGCCUACCCCAUGGCGUCCAUCGAGUGGAGGAAGGAUGGCACAGAGAUGCUGCUGCCUGGAGACGACCCCCACAUCUCUGUCCAGUUCAGAGGUGGCCCCCAGAAAUACGAAGUGACGGGCUGGCUGCAGAUCCAGGGUGUGCGAGUGACGGAUGAAGGUACCUACCGCUGCUUCGCCAAGAACAGUGUUGGGGAGGUGGUGGCAUUUGCCAGCCUGACCGUCUUCACUCCAGACCAGCUCAACCUGACGGGUCUUUCCCUGCCGAAGCCCCGCACAACGCCUGAGGACUACGGAGAGAGUGAGGAGGACUAUUACUAG